UGCCCGCGGCCGUGCCCGCGCCGGCGGCGGCCCCAGCCCCAGCGAGGGGGCUCGGCUCUGCGCUCCGCCGCCUCCAUGGAGCUCCGCCGCCGUUUCUGAUGCCCGGCCCGGAGCGCACCAUGGGGCCGUUGUGGUUCUGCUGUUUGCCCCUCGCCCUCUUGCCUCUGCUCGCCGCCGUGGAAGAGACACUGAUGGACUCCACAACAGCCACGGCAGAGCUGGGCUGGAUGGUGCAUCCUCCCUCAGGGUGGGAAGAGGUGAGUGGAUACGAUGAGAACAUGAACACCAUCCGCACCUACCAGGUGUGCAACGUCUUUGAGUCCAGCCAAAACAACUGGCUGCGGACCAAGUACAUCCGGAGGCGAGGAGCGCACCGCAUCCACGUGGAGAUGAAAUUCUCCGUUCGGGACUGCAGCAGCAUCCCCAACGUCCCGGGUUCCUGUAAGGAGACUUUUAAUCUCUAUUACUACGAAUCAGACUUUGACUCUGCCACCAAGACUUUUCCUAACUGGAUGGAAAACCCUUGGAUGAAGGUAGAUACAAUUGCUGCCGACGAGAGCUUCUCGCAGGUGGACCUUGGUGGGCGGGUGAUGAAGAUUAACACCGAGGUGCGCAGUUUUGGGCCUGUCUCCAAAAAUGGUUUCUACCUGGCCUUCCAGGACUAUGGGGGCUGCAUGUCCUUGAUUGCAGUCCGUGUCUUUUACCGCAAGUGUCCCCGUGUGAUCCAGAACGGGGCGGUCUUCCAGGAAACCCUUUCGGGAGCAGAGAGCACAUCUCUGGUGGCAGCCCGGGGGACGUGCAUCAGCAAUGCAGAGGAGGUGGAUGUGCCAAUCAAGCUGUACUGCAAUGGGGAUGGAGAGUGGCUGGUGCCCAUCGGCCGCUGCAUGUGCAGGCCGGGCUACGAGUCGGUGGAGAAUGGGACCGUCUGCAGAGGCUGCCCAUCAGGGACCUUCAAGGCCAGCCAAGGAGAUGAAGGAUGUGUCCAUUGUCCAAUUAACAGCCGGACGACUUCGGAAGGGGCCACGAACUGCGUGUGCCGAAACGGAUAUUACCGGGCAGAUGCUGACCCUGUCGACAUGCCAUGCACCACCAUCCCAUCUGCCCCCCAGGCCGUGAUCUCCAGCGUGAACGAAACUUCCCUGAUGCUGGAGUGGACCCCACCACGAGACUCAGGGGGCCGGGAGGAUCUGGUGUACAACAUCAUCUGCAAGAGCUGCGGGUCGGGCCGCGGGGCAUGCACACGCUGUGGGGACAACGUGCAGUUUGCCCCACGCCAGCUGGGUCUGACAGAGCCUCGCAUCUACAUCAGCGACCUGCUGGCUCACACGCAGUACACCUUCGAGAUCCAGGCUGUGAAUGGGGUCACCGACCAAAGCCCCUUCUCCCCGCAGUUUGCAUCAGUGAAUAUCACCACCAACCAGGCUGCUCCGUCAGCUGUGUCCAUCAUGCACCAGGUCAGCCGCACUGUGGACAGCAUUACCCUCUCGUGGUCUCAACCUGACCAGCCCAAUGGAGUCAUCCUGGAUUAUGAGUUGCAAUAUUAUGAGAAGAAUCUGAGUGAGUUAAAUUCAACAGCAGUGAAAAGCCCCACCAACACUGUGACAGUGCAAAACCUCAAAGCUGGCACAAUCUACGUCUUCCAAGUGCGAGCACGUACCGUGGCUGGGUAUGGCCGGUAUAGUGGCAAGAUGUACUUCCAGACCAUGACUGAAGCCGAGUACCAGACCAGUGUCCAGGAGAAGCUGCCACUCAUCAUUGGCUCCUCUGCAGCAGGACUGGUGUUUCUCAUUGCUGUUGUUGUCAUCAUUAUUGUGUGCAACAGAAGACGGGGCUUUGAACGUGCCGACUCUGAGUACACUGACAAGCUGCAGCACUAUACCAGUGGCCACAUGACUCCAGGGAUGAAGAUUUAUAUUGAUCCGUUUACCUACGAGGAUCCCAAUGAGGCUGUCAGGGAAUUUGCAAAAGAAAUUGAUAUCUCCUGUGUGAAAAUCGAGCAGGUGAUUGGGGCAGGGGAAUUUGGUGAGGUGUGCAGUGGGCAUCUCAAGCUUCCUGGCAAAAGAGAGAUCUUCGUGGCCAUCAAGACUCUGAAGUCUGGUUACACAGAGAAGCAGAGACGGGACUUCCUGAGUGAAGCCAGCAUCAUGGGGCAGUUUGACCACCCCAAUGUCAUCCAUCUGGAGGGAGUGGUGACCAAGAGUUCCCCAGUCAUGAUCAUUACAGAGUUCAUGGAGAAUGGCUCAUUGGACUCCUUCUUGAGGCAAAAUGAUGGGCAGUUCACGGUGAUCCAGCUGGUGGGCAUGUUGCGUGGCAUUGCAGCAGGCAUGAAGUACCUGGCUGAUAUGAACUACGUGCACCGGGACCUGGCUGCCCGCAACAUCCUGGUCAACAGCAACCUGGUCUGCAAAGUGUCUGACUUCGGCCUCUCCCGUUUCCUGGAGGAUGACACCUCUGAUCCCACUUACACCAGUGCACUGGGUGGGAAGAUCCCAAUACGGUGGACAGCACCCGAGGCAAUUCAAUACCGAAAAUUCACAUCAGCCAGUGAUGUGUGGAGCUAUGGAAUAGUCAUGUGGGAGGUGAUGUCGUAUGGCGAGCGACCUUACUGGGAUAUGACCAAUCAAGAUGUGAUAAAUGCUAUUGAGCAGGACUAUCGGCUGCCACCCCCUAUGGAUUGUCCAAAUGCCCUGCACCAGCUAAUGCUUGACUGUUGGCAGAAGGAUAGAAACCACAGACCCAAAUUUGGACAGAUUGUCAACACUUUAGACAAAAUGAUCCGAAAUCCUAAUAGUCUGAAAGCCAUGGCACCUCUCUCCUCUGGGGUUAACCUCCCUCUACUUGACCGCACAAUCCCAGAUUAUACCAGCUUCAACACUGUGGAUGAAUGGCUGGAUGCCAUCAAGAUGAGCCAGUACAAGGAGAGCUUUGCCAGUGCUGGCUUCACCACCUUUGAUAUAGUAUCUCAGAUGACUGUAGAGGACAUUCUACGAGUUGGGGUCACUUUAGCAGGACACCAGAAGAAAAUUCUGAACAGUAUCCAGGUGAUGAGAGCACAGAUGAACCAAAUUCAGUCUGUGGAGGUUUGAUAGCGACGUGUCCUCGUGCUCCACUUCCUUGAGGCCCUGCUCCCCUCUGCCCCUGUGUGUCUGAGCUCCAGUUCUUGAGUGUUCUGCGUGGAUCAGAGACAGGCAGCUGCUCUGAGGAUCAUGGCAACAGGAAGAAAUGCCCUAUCGUCGACAACGAGAAGUCACCAAUGAGGUGAAACAAUGGAAAACAAUGGAAAAAGGGAACAAGAAAAGACAGCUUAUUUUGAAAACAAACAAACAGUGAAUUAUUUUUAAAUAAUAAUAAAGCAAUUGCAGUCUUGAAAAGGGCUCCAAGACCAAUGGGAGUCUUCAAAGGAAGAGAAUAGAGCAGCUUCAUCUAUUUCCUCUUGCACAAGGGUUGCUGCAGCUGGGCCCAGACACCUCUGGAGUAAUGAGACUUUUCAAGAAGAUGAAUGCAAAGAAUGGUCACAAGAAGCACUUCUCUUUCUCACAUGGGAUGGCAGCUCUGGGAAAGCCCAGCAGUCCUUCCUGAAAGCCCUGUUGGCCAAUCGAAGAGGAGAGCUGAAGCUCUUUGGUGCUGUGGAACCAAGUGCAUCUCAGAAAUUGUUGGACUUCUACAAAAGCUGAAGACAUUCUUUUUUUUUAAACAAGUAAACUGAUACUAGAAGAGGCUGUUUCCGUCAGAUGAGAAGGAAUCUGUAACACUGGGGCGGGGGGUUGGGGAAUGGGGGAAAUCAGUCCUUUUUACAUCUCUUUAUUUUCUCUUGUCAUGGAACAGUUUUGUGAGUGACAGUUUCCUAAGGGUCCGUCCAUCCACCCUCCAAUGGCAUCAUUGUUUCAUACAUAUCAUAUGCACAAGACUUAUAGUGAUGUCCUCACUCGAUGCCAAUGAUCUUUCCCCAGAAGACUUCCCAAGUACAGUAUGUAGUAGAUUUUGAUUACAAAUGCUGAUGUGUACCUUUAUUUUUCGGUUGUCAUUGUUGGGAGAUUCGUCCUUUUACCUUGCUUUGUUAACACCAAUAUGUGAGUUUGGGGUUGGAAUUUUUUUGGUCGAUUGGGGUGUUUUGUUUUGUUUUGUUUUGUUUUUUAACGAAAAGGAAACAACAUUUCCAAGCAUCAUAUCAUUCAAGAACUUAAAUCCUUUCCUUGCGGAAGGAAAAAUUGUUUAUUGACAAUAUGCCAGGAGAAAAAGUUUUUUAUAUGCACAUUUCCUCAUGUUUGUUUGUUUGUUAUUUUGCAAUUCGUUUCGACCUGACAGGUGUUCCCAACUGUUGGGUUUCCUGUUGUCUGAUGAGAUGAAAAUCACCUGCUCAAUUCAGGGUUGUUGGUGCAGUGAUGAGCAGUAUUAUGGAAGGGUUAUUGCUUUUGUUUUAUAGAGGGGAGGGAAAGAUGGGAGGGUAGUUGUGUUCUGAGUGGGAAUGAUGGCUGUUAGAGCCUCUUGGAGAUGUCUGCUUAGAAAGAUGUCAAGGUUGGUUGGUGCACAUGGUUUCUAGCUGCAAGGUUGUGGGUGCUUUGUACCAUAACCAAGCUCUGUGGUGGUGCUUUUUGCCCUUUGGACACACAGUCCCUUUGUUAGGCAAUGCCCAGUUGGCUCAGAGCAUCAUCUCAGCCCGUUGCCUCUAGAAUAACACAGGAGAGCAAACGUUGAGUCCAGGUCUCUGUAGGAAAAUGCCAUGGUUGAAGCUCAAUGACCAGAUGGUGGGUUUAUAAAUAACAGAAAUAAAUAUUUUAGCUAUUGAACAGCUCCUUGAUAGGUAUAAACACCACCAAGCAAGUGCAGGGCGAGUAGAAAUUACAGUAAUGGGAUUGUUGUCCCUGUUCAGCACCACCUCAUGUCUCCUUAAACAUGCCUACCAGCCUCCAUGGCAGGGGUCAGCUGCCCACAUGUGGCACAUUUGCACACAUCUGAACCUGUGUUGAUAAACUCUCCUCUGCCAUUGGCGUGUCAUUCAUAGAGUCCUGCGCCCAUGUUCAGCAGCAUGGGGUGCUGGAAGGCAUGCACUGGGAGCUGGUUUGUUGUGUUGUCCAGGAGCUGAAUCCAAGAGGAAAGCUGUAGAUGGAACUCCCUGUUCAGACCUCAGUGGCCAGACAUCACUUUUCUAAAUAAGUGGCCAUUUAUAAAGUACUCAGCAUUUUCUGCUUUCAGAUCAGAUCAGAUGGGACAGCACAUAUAAGUGGCAGCAGAGCAUUUCCUGCAACUGAGAGUUACUCCUCUGCUAUCUCCUUUACUUGCCCUACUGCCUCCUUUGGGGCAGAAUCUGAUGUAGAGAGAGUUUGGAGUGAGUGGACAACAGGCAUUGUAUGCAGGCAUGACCUGGGCAUUUCAGCUGUCCUAUAUGCAGUGUGUGUAGUGUGUGUAUCUAGCCGAAAGGAUGUUUUGAAUGCCCUUGAAUUCAGAAAGCAUUGCUCCAGAUCACGAAAUGAACUCAGUUUAAAGAGCAGGGUGCAAAAACUGACAGUGUCAACUGAACAGAGUGCUGUCAGAGGGCACACGAGGAAAGAAGAGCCUUCUCCAUGCCACCUGUCCCAUAGAACUGCUCACGUGGGGGUCUCUGCCUCGCGCUGUAGUGGCUGUGCUUUAACAAGGAGCUGUUGUCAGCUCCCAGAGGCAUGGCUUUCCCAAAGGUCUCAGAAUCUUUUUGGUGACAGUUGGGGCUGAGGGAAGCAGGGUGCCAUGCCAACCCUUCUAGCCACAGCCAACCACCUACUUUAUGUGCAAGGGAGCUUUGCAGGACAAGGAGAGCUGUCUGACUAGAAAACUCACCAGCAAAUUCCUAUGGGGCAACCAUGUGGAAGGAGCACGUGAUGCCCUUCAGUUGUCUUUUCUCAGACAGCUCUUGGCUGUUCUCUGCCAUCAAUGCAUGUGUGCUUAUACCACAGAGGAGCAGUGGCCAAGCAGUGUCCUUUCAGCCAGUAGGGCUUGGAAGGACACUUCAGGUUAUUUGUCUCAGUGCACUGAAUCUCCUCGCUGAACUGCAUUAAACACAUCUACCUACCAGACCCAACCCACUGUGAAAGAAGGGACCACACAGAGCUCAGUGCCACGGCAGCUGUCAGCAGGAUAGAGAAAGCACAUCCUUAUCUCUUCCUCUGACCAAAAAGCUCACAUGAUGGCAGUCCUACAAUAAUACACUCCUAUCUAUUUAUAUCAGGCAUUGCUGCGACAUCUGUCUGUGUUUGCACAGGACUAAUGGAGAAUGAGACCUAAAAUGGAAAUGAUCCAUAAAACACUGCAAUUUUCUGCAUCCCUACAGCUUUCCAGGGAGGAUGAGGAACCGAGUUAAGUACUUUGGUUGUAAAUUAUUCUGGUGCAUGCUCCAGUGGACAGCAUAGUCACUGAAGUGACUUUAAUGUUUAUACUUCAUGGGUAUCAAAUGUACUGCUAUGAAAUAUGAGUAUAAUGGCAAAAUUCAACAAAUAACAAGGGGGAAACGGGGAAAAGUCACUUGCUAACAUUUACACUGUGAAAUAGUUGUGCAUAUGCAUGUGUGCAUGUGUGAAUACUUAACAAAACUCAUCACCAUGUUAUUUUUCAGGCAGCUUGUUGCAAUUUUCACAUUUUCCCUCCAUCUUUCAAGCUACCUCCAAGACCUCCUCUUCUCCUCCACUGUUGCCCACUGCCAUCUGCUGCCGAGGCCACGUUUGUCUUGUGAUGGAAUCCAGUAGAAGAGCUGAGCAGGACGCUGAGUUGAAAAUAUGUCAGUUGGCCAAGUUCAGAUCACACAGAGUAUCAUGAAUAUGUGGGUAGUAGAAAGGUAAAGGAUUCACCCACAAAACUGCAUUUUAUGGGUCCCUUUCAGCCCUCUAAUUAACAGCAAAGGGAAAAAAAAAAAGGAAAAAUGAACUUAGAAGGCACAGCACUGCCAUGAACUACUCACCAGCUGUGGGGACAGACACAGGGCACUACAGACUGCACUCCCUCUCCACAAAUUAUCCCCCUUUCUCCCCUAAAACCCCAGAAUUUCAUGAACUUGUUGUAGAUUUGCAGCUUGCAACAGACGAGGAUCUGUUUGUUAUCAUCUGGCUUCUUCUCUCCAUUGUAUCCUCACUACCACACAGUAGAUUUCAAUCUCUCCAUGGGGUCCGGGUCAGUUUUGCUGUUCCAGGGUCUGGCAGUUUUGCAGCAUUAAUUUAAUAUUAUAAUUCAAAGGCAGAACGUUUUAACCCCUCAACCCCAUGGCAGCCAUGGUCCAGCAAGCCAUCGUGUUGGUGUUGUUGGACUGGUUGGCAUCAGAACUUGCACUCUGCUGCAACCUUAACAGUUACGUCCUCUAAUAAUGCAAUAAAUCUGUGUCUGUCUUGGAUUUAUGAAUCCAAAAUGUAUGAAGGAAGACAAAAUAUGUUUUAGUCCUUUUUUCAUCUCCCUUUCUGUGUGUCUGACUUGAGGCUGAUUUAUUGUAGGUCUUUUCCAUCUUAAAAUUUAACAAGCCCUUCACAUACAGGAUUCAGCAUUUUGCCCUUCAGAGUUGUAAGAACAACUGAUGUAGCAUCAGCUUCAUUGUUGCACUCUGUGGCAGUUAUCCAGAGCAGAUAAAAACACCCUAAAAUUCACUUUCUUUGCUGUCCAAUCUCUUAGUGAAACUGGUGUUUGGAGUGCUUUCAGCUCUAGGAUCAACAGUCCUUUACUUCCAACAAUUAAACUAAGUUUUAUUUUGGGUGAUCCUCAAUGUUUGAAGAGUCGGACUCGAUGAUCCUUAUGGGUCCCUUCCAACUUGGGAUAUUCUGUGAUUCUGAUGUGUCCUCAGAAUGGCAGCCUUCUUCCCUUGCAUUAUCUACUCACAGCCAUGUUCUGUAUUGUGUCUCCAGCCCAUGAGUUGAGCAGCAGUGCCAUCUGCUUACAGUGAUGGUUCCACCGUGUUCACAAUUCAGUGCACUUCUGCCACUGGCUUUUCAUGAGCACUGACCACAAAAAUUAUCUUCUGUGCUGCUGAUUUCAUUUUGUUGUUGCUGAGAGCUACUGGAGUUCUCCUGCUAUGCAAAAAACUAAAUAUCUAUAUUUCUUUUUCGCUUCAGACACAUUUUGGCUUCACCUUUAGAAUUCUUCAGGAUGAGUCAUCCAUCUCUGAGAUGAUUUUGCUUCUUGUAACCAUUGAACCCUUCCCAGAAAGAGGACCUCACUUCUGUCCAUGUUUACUUCCACGUGUGAGGCAUUCCACAGUCCUCCACGAAAACUCCCUGCAUCAUGCAGAUAUUUCCUGCAAUCUGAUUUAUUGUUGUGCCUCUGUGUUAUUUCUACACUGUCAAAUGUUAGCUGCAGAGAUUUGGGACUAAAAGUGAGACAUCAUCUCUGCCCUCAAAUCUGUGUUCGUCUUAAUUUGUAUUCUCCACUGCCCUACAAAUGACUCAGCAGCUUCUCAUCCUUUCUCUCAGUUCUGUGGGAGAUUUGCACUCCUCUGCAGCCCUGUGCUUUGUGGGAUAGCAGCCACACACACGUAGUAUGGUCUGAUCCCUGACUCAUUCCUCCUCUGGCAGUUGGAUGUUCAUAGUUCCCUGAUUGCCAUUCAGAGCAUCACAAGACUUAACUGUGUGCCUCAUCUUUUC